UCCGUGGAGACCCUUCUCUCGGAGUACCAGCCAGCGGUUCCCUUACAACCGGCACCAUGAGUACCUCGACGACCCAGGUGAACGUGACAACGACGACCAUCACGCGGGCCACGUCCAAGGCCGAGCUGGUAGACGAGAACCCGGACCUGGCCGCAGAAUGCGUCCAGCAGUUGUGCACUGACGGGAAGCCCGUCGAUCCGCAGCCGCUGCCGCAUCCUCUGCUCGCUAACUACGAGACCAUGCUCACAAAGUUGUCUCCGGAGACAGCUCGCAAGCAGGAGCUCCUUCCGGGCCCACCGACGGAGCGCGUGUUCGACCGCGACGAGUCCGGUUCGGUGACGGUGGACGUGCGUAAGAUGCUGGACGAGGAGAACGUGGACAACGACAAGCUCUACCAGCACAAGCUUGAGGGGACCGAGGUGCGCAAGCUCGAGGAGAAGCAGGCCAUGAAGGAGGCCUUCCAGGAGGCCAACACAUUCGACAACGUGAUCCAUCAGAAGACCCUGGCCAAGGGACAGGUCACCAAGAAGCGCACGCUGGUGGAGACGGCGUCCGCCAAGCGAAUCACCACGCGGCGCGAGAACGAGGCGGCAAAGCUGGACCAAGUCGGCUGCACCAUCAAGCGCAACAUCGAGGAAGCCGGUAACGCUGAGGAGAACGUCGAGAAGUCCGAGAAGCAGCUGGAGAACAUCGAGAAGGUCACCUGCAACAGUCAGAGGCCGCCCUGCGGCCACAAGCAGCAGCUAGAUGUUACUGGAAGCUUGCAGAAAGCGCACUCGUUCGCUUCAUCACUAACGCCUCCUUCUGAAUCCAUGGCGUCUGCGUCGGGUCGCGCUGUGGGCUCCGAUGACUCUGUGCUCGAAACUAGACUCAGCAAAGAGGACGGUGGCCGUACAUUCGAUUUCAAUGGGACUCGCAUGAACAAUAGCAAGCAGUCGUCGAGCAGCAAUACCGAUGAUGGCAGCGACAGCGAUAGUAGUAGCACCAACAACAGCACCAGUAGCAUCGACGAGAGCUCUAGCGGUGAUACUGCAAACAGUGUUGACGAUGACGUGUCGGUCACAUCCCGAGUCUGA